AGCAGCCACUACUGUCCACACUGCAUCGACGCCAAAGACGGUCCAACGCCCACGCCCCAUACCCACAACAUUGGCGACUCGUACGUUCAACAAAGUAUCGAGAUACCACCCCCGCUGUCCACCAGGGCGCCCACGAGAAUGACAAACUCGCCAUCCGGCCCCCACAUCAUCUACAUUGUUACCGACACUUGCUACCCGACUGCCCAGAGUCUCGAGGCCAAUAUUGGCAGCACGCACAUCAUCUCCGUGCACUCGACCAAGUCGGCAGCCAACAGCCGCGCUAAGAAGAUAAUCUACGACAACGAUAGUGGAUGCACUGUCGACAUUGACAAGAUCAUCGAAGAGGUCAAGCAGGGCAUGUACGUCGGUAUAGGUAUUGGUGCAAAGGACGAGAAGGAAGGGUGCUGCUUUGCAAGAAAAUGUGAAGUCGAGGGCAAAAUCGUUGACGAGGACAGCGAUAGCGAAGAGACAAGUGGAGAGAGUGGAGAGAGCGAACUGAUAGAUGCCACCAACGACGGCGAGGGCGAG